AUGUCUACGCGAUCACCAACGUCCGCCAACUUGGUCGACCCUCUUGGACUGAUAAAUGAUACGACGUUGGUGCACGAGCAGUCCGAAAUGCACCCACACGAGUGUGAAGAGAAGCUCACUCCCGAAUCGAUCAAGGACAUGAUACCUGAUCGUAAGCAAAACAAGUCCCCUGAUUCCCCAGAUAGAACUUUUGUUAAGGAUGAGGAGGUGUACCGACCGCCCGACCAUCUGGGAGACCAAGAAGAAGCGGUCGCCGACGCAGGAGAACAGGAGUGCACGUCAUACCAACGCUCAGGUGGAACAUUAUUCGCGGAAGAUGUUGGCCAACACAUGGCAGUCUUAUCGGAGGUGGACACGACGCUAUGCGAGGUAAGGAUUGAGGAUGUACAGGUGGGCGAAUUGGGAGUUCCAUUGACGAAAGAGCAAGAAUAA